UACACAUUAACAUAAAUAGCAUUUUAUGGGAAACAACAGCAGUUCAAAAAUAGUAUGGCAUUGUUUUUCAUUUUGAAACUAUUAUUAAUGUCUACUUAAUAGAAAAUCGGUAGAUUUUCAUAGAUUUUUGCAUUCAGGUUCUUUUAGGUGAAAUGUGAAGAAAAUCAGGCUCACUCCAAUCUGUAAUAGUAAACAGGAGUAUUUUAAUAGUUCUCUGCAAAUUGUGGAUAUACCUGGCACUACUCCGCACCCAGCAGGUAGAGGACAUUUCUUAAAGGCAGGAUACUUGGUGCACCAGAAACCUGGAGCAGGGAGGGUCUUCUCUCUGCUACAUUAAGAUCUGUUGGUUUAUUUUGUAAUUUGAAUGAAUGGUUCACUCUUGUCUGAUUGAUUUGGUGACAUUUACUCAUUUGUCUAUAUUGGGCUCUAUUGGACUAUAUUGGUUUACCGAGUUCUGCAGAUUCUUCCAAAUGAUGCAUUUAAUAGACUAUGAAAAAUAAUCUUUAAUAUCAGCACCUCUACACCAAAAGAAAAAGUCUCAAGUGUUGGGGAGCUAUUGGAACCUUUAUUCAUUUCUCAGAAAAUGUCUGCCAAACACCUAGGUCUGAAUAACCUUAGUUUGUCAGUUUUCUUUUUGAAUAUAAUGUCACUCGAACAAAACAGCUCAAUCAGCUUAUAAUUAAAAUGUAUUUUAAGACACAGCACAAGUGCUUUAUGUGUACUUCCAGUUUUUCACCCAUCUGUCACACUCGUUAAAAUGUGUGUUCAUCUUUUGAGAUAUAAUUAAUAAUUUUUACUGCAUCUUCAGUGACAUUUUCAGGUAAAACUGGCACCUUUCUCUUAAGUCUGAGUUCCUGGUGAUAAAGAAUGCAGUGUCUCCUUCUUAUGGGUGCCACUGCCUUGAUUCUGCCCAUCAUUGUUUACGUAGCGCCGCUGCCAAUGUCCGACAGUGAAAAGGUAAAUAAUGUCCUAGUGUUGGUGCUAACAGAGCUUCGAUCUCGCCGAUGCCCCGAAGGGCUCUUGAGGACCCACAGGAGCCUGUGAUCACUUUUCAAGAACCACUGGCAUGUGAAGACCUCAGUUCAUAGGAAACGAUACUUCCAGAGAGCUACAAUGGAAAAGUCCUGGAUGCUGUGGAACUUUGUUGAAAGAUGGCUCCUAGCUUUGGCUUCAUGGUCUUGGGCGCUCUGCCGAAUUUCUCUUCUCCCUUUAAUAGUGACUUUUCAUCUGUAUGGAGGCAUUAUCUUACUUUUGUUAAUAUUCAUAUCAAUAGCAGGUAUUCUGUACAAGUUCCAGGAUGUCUUGCUUUAUUUUCCAGAGCAGCCAUCUUCUUCACGCCUUUAUGUCCCCAUGCCCACUGGCAUUCCGCAUGAAAACAUUUUCAUCAGAACCAAAGAUGGAGUUCGUCUAAAUCUUAUUUUGAUAAGAUACACUGGAGACAAUUCUCCGUAUUCCCCAACCAUAAUUUAUUUUCAUGGGAAUGCAGGCAACAUAGGUCACAGGUUGCCAAAUGCGUUGCUUAUGCUGGUUAACCUCAAAGUCAAUCUUUUGCUUGUUGAUUAUCGAGGGUAUGGGAAAAGCGAGGGAGAAGCAAGUGAGGAGGGACUCUACUUAGAUUCUGAAGCUGUGCUGGACUACGUGAUGACCAGACCUGACCUCGAUAAAACAAAAAUUUUUCUUUUUGGCCGUUCCUUGGGAGGAGCAGUGGCUAUUCAUUUGGCUUCUGAAAAUUCACACAGGAUUUCAGCCAUUAUGGUGGAGAACACAUUUUUAAGCAUACCACAUAUGGCCAGCACUUUAUUCUCAUUCUUCCCAAUGCGUUACCUUCCUUUAUGGUGCUACAAAAACAAAUUUUUGUCCUACAGGAAAAUCUCUCAGUGCAGAAUGCCUUCUCUUUUCAUCUCCGGACUCUCUGACCAGUUAAUUCCACCAGUGAUGAUGAAGCAACUUUACGAGCUCUCCCCUUCACGGACUAAGAGAUUGGCCAUUUUUCCAGACGGGACCCACAAUGACACGUGGCAGUGCCAAGGCUAUUUCACUGCACUGGAGCAGUUCAUCAGAGAAGUCGUGAAGAGUCACUCUCCCGAGGAGAUGGCCAAAAGUUCUUCAAACGUGACAAUUAUAUGAUGUUUCCCUCUCUGAUAGAUACAUUGUAUUUUAAUUUGUGCAGAAUGAUAAAGAAUAUUCCUCUCUGGAAGUGUGUCAUGUCCAUAAUUGUCUGCAGAGUGACAUUAACGCUUGAAAGGACUUCAGUGCUCCUUUAUGACGAUCCAAAUCAUUUUUUACAUUUGAAGAACUAUAGUUUUGGGGAUGAUUUCAUACAUUUUCAUCAAAACUUUCAGUGUGGUUAUAUAUCCAUGUCUUUAGUUUAAUGUGUCAGUAUAAUAGAGAUGGUUCAAAAGUUUCUUGUUGGUAAAUUGGUAUAAUCCUUGUUACACAUAGCUGGAUGUGGAAGGAGUCAUCCAGACAAGAAACCUUUGGGUGUCACUUACGUAGUACACAUUGGGACAAUCAUGGUAAGCAAACUUAGUUCUGUAACUGCAUUUUUCACCUUCAAAGUUAAAAUGCAUGAUGGUAUUUUAUUCCUUGAAUUAUGCAAUGCAAUAUUUGUAAUGUAAAUAGCACUGGUCAUAUACCAACGUAUAUGGUUACAUGGGUUAUAUCUAUUUUUAUGUAAACUCUAUUUUGUUUUUGGCAAGAAGUGAAAUUGAGGCCUAAGUGCAGGUUGCCAUUAAAUUUUGCUCUGGUGAAUGCUGAGAUCCAGCUUUUUCUCACAAAUAAAUGGGACUGUGUUUUCCAGUAUAAAUGUACCAUGUUUUUGUUAGGUACAGUUUGGAUCCUGGCACAUAGAAAUAGAAAUAUAGAAUUUUACUGCAGCUUUGAUGUGCAUAUUUGAACUUUUUAACGUUUGUAAUUUUGGUGGCAAAGAGAAUUUUAGCUUCUGUAAAUUUUGUAAGUCUACAGCUGAACCACUAAUAGUCAUAGUGAAGAUUAGGACUUAUUUAAGAAUUAAAUUAAGAAGUCUUAUCAUUAUGUCAUUGUAUAUACUGUUUUACAGAAAAUUCCCACAUUUGAGUUUUAAGUCCCAGUCCUCACAGAAACCAUGCUCUCCUUUAUGGGACUUUUUGAAAAUAAGUUACAGAAAGAAAAGUUAAUAUUUUUUUGUUCUUGGUUUAAUGUUGCAGUUGCUGUGAAGUAGAACUCCUGCACCAAAAGACAGAUAGUUUUAGAAAGUCUUCAUGUAUUUAUUCAUUUUUAAAUUUUUUACAUAUAGGGGUAUGGGAUUGGAAGAAAACACAGAACCUAUUAUCACAUUUAACAGUUAAAUGGCUGUAGGUGGGAAGUAGCAUUUAGACGUAUAGAAGAGUAAGACAAAUCUUACUUAAAAAACAAAGCCCUUUGAAACUCAUGGGAUUUACCUUAAUAAAAAUAUCAACUAGAGGCAUCAUUGUGCCAAAUUGUUUCAAGCAGUCCUCAAAAAUUAGAUGUAAUCAAGCUCUGUACAUUAUUAUAUCAGCUUUAACAUAUAAUAUUUUGAAUAUUUUAACCAUAUUUAUUGGCUUUCAGCAAGCAGCUAGAGCAGAGAAAUAAUGAGUCAAUAACCUUGACCUUAAUUUAAAACUUUCCAUGGAGAUAGGGCUAGAAAUAUUUUUGCCAAAUAGCAUUCUUAUCAUUCACUUUAUGCCAGUAUUUAGAAAAAAUAUAGCGAGUAUGAUUUCUAAAGAACAAUGUUUUUCUAUAAAUUAUAAAUUGUAAAAGUCUUGCUUUUUAAAGAGUUGGUAUUGCAUAUCAUGGCAGGUGUAUUUUGUGUGUAUAAGCUCACCACAAUUAAAGGCUGCUUGUCAUCUUCUCAAUCGUUGCUAUGUAGAAUGGCUGUCAUAAAUAGUAAUGCAUAAAAAAUUAAUACAAGAAAUGUAUAUUUAGAGAUGGGUGUACAUGGCACACCUCACAUUUGUCUCAUUCUUUAAAGUUUACACAGUGCUUUAUGUUUUUAUGUAAUGUUGUCUUUACACUAUGGAGGAAUUGACCAAUUUUAGUUGUAAAUAUGAUACUGGUGAAAUAGAAAAGUUUCUUCUUCAGUACUCAGUUUUUUGCUGCUUUUUUCGAUUUUUGAUACUCUAUGUUUAUAAGCCAUCUUUUUUUUUUAAGCCAGUACUUCAGAAGUCAUAGAGUACUUGUGUACCACCCCCACCUUCCUCCUCAGAGUGAGAGGACCCUUUUUCUGCAGCAAAUCGUAGAGGCUGUGUCUAGGGCGGUAACACAUCAUCCAUCACUAGCUUUUGUAUUUCAGAGUAUGUCCUUAGAGAUAGGGAAAGGGAUGGUAAACAAACUCAUUAUCCGGGGUCCGUGAAGCCAUUGCAUCAUUUUUAAAAACACUUCCAAUUUUGUGGCCAAAGCAGUGGUCUUAGUAAAACAUGGCUUCUUCGUGAGUCACUUUUUUUUUAUUUUGGACCCAUCUCACAGUGGGAGCAGAAGUUUGUCCAGUUCAUGUAUUAAUUUAUGGCUCAUUUGUACAUGAGCCAGCUAUAGAAGUUUUUAAAUGAAUCUUCAGUUAUUAAACUGCAGAUUGGAAAGUCUUAGAAUGAUUUUUAACUAUGGCAAGAUACAGUGCAUUUACAAUAAAAUUAAAAAUAGAUUUUUUAAAAGCAAAUUAUUGUUAAAGAGGGGUGGAAAAAAACCGGGGGGGGGGGGAACCUGGUAAAAAAGAGGACCGUAAAAAGACUACAAAAUAGAAAUAAAAUAAUUUGUGAUAUAUUUUUAAAAAGCUAAUAGAAUUGAAGCAACUAGAAAAGACAAUUUGAUAGUUUUAAAAUUUAAAUAUAGAAUGUAAUGUGAUUGGUUAAAAGGAAACAGUGCAAAACAAAACAUUUGAACAGAAAACAUUUCUAACAAAGUUACUGGAGCACUUCAUGUUUACAACUACCAUAUGUUUUUAUUUUGCAGAUAUCGUUUUGGCUGUGAAAUGGGUAUUUUUUUUAAAUGGUGUUCUGAAUUUUGUUAUAGAUAACCAUAAAAUACCAGAUACAGAGCAGUGUAGAUUUAUUUCAGCAUGAUGUGCUACAGACACUUGAUAACACCGAUUACCGCUCUGUAACUUGUCACUAGAGAGUAUUGUAAUACUUGUUGAGAAUUCAUACCAUUCGAUGUUUACGUAUUUCAUAUAUUUGUGAGAUUUGGCUUGGGUGGGAAUAGAUUUGGUGGAAUUAAGAAGAGAGUACCCAUAUUUAGCUUUACCUAAAUAAGCUCGCAAGCUCAGACAGUUCAAAGUAAUUCGUGUUGUGAUUGAGUCCCCUCCUGAGGCUAGGAGUAAAUAAGGUGAAUUUAUAAAAGGGUGUCACACAGGUCACUUGCUUUAGGUCAGGGUUGAGAUGCUGAAAACCUCAACUGGUCUUCCCCCACUCCCUUUUUCUAUUAUGUUUGGUAGUUACAAUUACUAAAAGAAGCUGUGAAAGGAAAAAUUAGUCAUAAAUAACCCUUUUGGAUUGUCUGUUUAAAUUUACAUAUUUUCAUAUCACUCAGGUACAGUUGGAAACGACAGCACAGACAUCUAUUUUUUAAAUUGAUAUGGUAAAAAAUUGAAAACUUUUGUUCUAAUUAUCCUAUGUGCAUAUCAUCUCAGCCGAUCAGACAUAUGAUAGUCAUUUGUAUGGCAAAAUCAAUGCAGUCGUCCUAAUAGUCAACACAUUUUGCCAAAUGGCGCAAAAUAUACCUCCAUUUAUAUUUUGUACCUUAAAAAUGUAGUUUAUAAAUUGGACUAUGUAUAAAAGACACUUUUUUAAUCAAAAAAGUGCCAUAUAUACAUAUGUAACGGGUGAGUGUGUGUUGAACAUAAUUUAUAACAGAAUUUCUGUCAGUACAGCAUAUACUGGAAAUUCAAGUUGUUUGAAACAUAUUCAAGUACAUUCAGGAUAAAAUAAGUUUCUAUAAUUUCACACUGUAAAUCAUAUUUUUGUUAUUUUCCAUAUUUUAUUUGAAGCAGUAAUAAAAUUUUAUAAUUCAGAUUUGAAUGUUAUAGUACAUUGUGGACUGACCAUGGCAAGCAAACAUUUUGGUUUUUUACAAUAAAUUUCUUUUAAAAUAUACUUUCUAUUUUUCUGUACUGACAUAUGCAAUAAAUUGGUACAUUAAAAUUUGA